UCUCAAACUCAUCUACAAAUCUUGACACACAUCCAAGAAAGAAGAGAAACGUUUUUUUCUGAAUAUCAUCUCAUCGAGUAUUCUAUCUAUCACAACAAAUGGAAGGAGGCUUGGGAACGAUGUUUAUGAAGGUGGUUUUGUUUGCUCUUGUACAGGGUUUGGUGUAUCUCAUCCUCACUAAGUCGUCGAGGGUUUUCUCCAAAUCAAAAUCCUUUAAGAGGGCUUACAGUUUUCGGCCGGCGAGGUCCGUCAGCAUCCGCCGAAUUCUGGCGGCGCUUCAGGAUAUGCCUGCCGGUGGCGAGAUGUCUCCUUCCUCUAAUGGCGCGUCUUCUUCUGUUGCCUCGCCUUCUUUACAAGAUGAUGUAGUACCAACAACUGCUGCAUCAUCAUAAUCACCAUCUUAGAGACAUAUAUAUGAUCAUUAUUUAAAUUUUAUAUUAGAGACAUAUGUCUCUAAUUUGUUAUCCCCUUAUUUUAUUAUUUUUGGAACAUUUGUUUCGUAUUCUUUUCCAGUUUGAAUGAUUGAUUCGUUAUAUUGAUGUAAAAUUUGUCAGUACUCUAUGUAGAUACAGUAUUAAGCCGUACCAUGUACAUUCCAAAACAAUUUAGUAUGUUUAUAAUUUAGUAUAAUCCUUUAUUGA